AUGUCCAAGUCUCAGGCGAAGAAGAAGGAGCCCCCCCCCGGCAAAGCGGCUCUAGCCGACCGGCAAGCGACAGCCGUCUCCCUGGCAGAGCCGUCCACAGAGAGCCAGGGGGGUGCGUGGAGGGCCAGGUUCCCCGUGUGGCCCGAGUGGAGCGAUGCAGAAGUCAACAAGGAGAAGUGGGACUCCAGCAAAGGAACCGAGGAUGACAAAAAGGGCAGAGGGACCAGUUCCAGUGCUUCAUUUUUUGAAGAUCCCGAGGGAAAGAUUCCUCCAUCCCUGAAAGUGCACUGCUGGAAACGGCCCGCAGAGUUUUUAGUGGACAAGAUUCCCACCGUUGUUGAAAGUCAAAGGACGUUUGACCUCCUCUCGAACAACGAUCAUCUGAUUUGCAGUGAGCUGAUGAGGUGGAUCAUCAGUGAAAUCUGUAUCGUUUGGACGCUGUGUGGCAACAAAAUUAAGGAAGAGGAGCGUUGGAAACCUUGGGAGCACAUCUACUCGCUGUGUAAGGUGGUGAAAGGUCAUAUGCCACUCUACAACAGCUUUGGGAAAUACUUGGUCAAGCUCUACUGGAUGGGUAGUUGGAGGAAGAUAGCAGUUGAUGACUUCAUGCCAUUUGAUGAAGAAAACAACCUCCUCCUCCCCGCCUCCACCUGGCAGGCAGAGCUGUGGCCGAUGCUGUUGGCCAAGGCUCUCAUUAAACUGGCCAACUCCAAUGUAGUAUCAGAGGGGGAGAUGGGCGAGUUCACCUUCGUCAACGCCCUCACCGGCUGGAUCCCCGAAAUCAGGCCUUUACAAUCUUUGUACCUUGGAAAAACCUGGGAUUUCUUACUGGAUACCAUUCCUGUAUUUUCACACCCGAUUGAGAGUUUGCCAGAAGAGACGAAGUGUCAGACUCCAGAGUCAGUUUCAGGGAAAGGUACCAGCGUGAACAGAACCAGGAAGCAGAUUUCAGAUCGAGAAAACGGUCUCCCUGAUGUUGUGCUGUGUGUCAGCCAAUAUGCUUUUCAGCCACAUGACGACCCCCUUAAGUUUGGACAAAUGGCUAAUUCCUCCGAGGUCCUGCGUCAGUACAAUCUCUGCUUGCUGUACAGCCACAUCGCCCUGUUGACCAGAACCCGUUCGUGCCAGCUGGAGGUGCCACCCAAGCCGCUACCUGUUGCUCGAUGGAAACUUGUCCGCCCUCACAAGGAGUAUAACAUCACAGCUGAACCGCGGAAGCCUCCUGUGUCCAAGCCAGUGCAGUUCAUUGAGGUUGCCACUCCUUUUCUCUCCCACGGCUUGAAGACCAACGUUGGCUCCAUCCCAGAAUCAGAGGGUGCUCAACGGAUGUGUUCCCAUGGAUCCCCUCUGGCGUGCAUUGCAGAGAGAGAGGAGACUGACUGCCGAGACGGCCCUGAGCCUGUUGUUGCUGAACGCACCCCAAGCCCACCAAACAACGAUGUCAACAUAACGGUUAUUGCAGAGGACGGGGAGAAGGGCGUCGAUGACAUCUCUACUGGUAAAAAGGAGCCUGUAACUGAAGAGGUCUUAGUUCCUGUCCUCCCCCUCUUACAGAAGUUCUGGAUGGACCUUGAUGACUUUGCUGAAUGCUUUCAGAAUCUGUUUGUGUUCCAUAAACCUCACCUGUACACUCGUCACGUCCUCAAAUCUCAUUUUAAGAGCAACGUCGUGCCCAGAAGUGCAACAGUUAGCAGCUCCUCGUGUCCAGAGGUGCGAGGCACUCACUACCUGUGUUUGGACAGCAUGCAACCUUCGCAUAUCCUCAUAAACUUCUCAGUUCUGCUUCUCUGGGGACUUACAGCUGAGGAGAAAAAGGAAAUAUCAGCAACGUGUACACCUGGAGUUCUCAUCACCCAGCCGCACUCCUGGAAGAGUGCACAGUCUCAGCUGCCUGUUCUCACCAUCAAAACCACCUCGUCCAAGGCAGCCAUGCUUGACUUACCCCCAGGGCGGCAUGUGUUGUCCUUCCACAUUAAGGCAGCACUGGGCUACAAUGUCCACCUGUGCACCAAUACACCAUUCAUCUUUGGGGAUGAAGAAACCGUGAUGUCAUAUCUUACCAAGGAAAGUGCUCGUUUCAGCGACAUGGAUACGGCCCUCCUGCGAGCCCUGGGCAGAGUGGUGACGUCCUUCGGUAAUAGGCACAAGCGGUCGGAUCCAGGAAGAGCCCUACUGGAGACUCAUCAGCCGCUAAACAUCAUCACCCGCCGGGAAAAAGAUGAGCACCUAAAGGUGUUUAACUCUGCAGUUUACCACAUGCUGUGUGUGGCUCUGGGGAGGAAGCUGGUUGCAGAGGAACGGUUUGCUGUUAUGGGCCUCACCGCUGACCCUUAUCUCUUUAACCAUGGCUGCACAGAGGACUCCCCUGCAUUAUAUGCAGAGUCAGAGCCUCCAGAAAACUGGAGAGACAGGCAGCCCUCGAUCGAGGAGGUUGAAGCAGCCACUGUUCUGCAAGCCCGAUACAGAGGAAACGUGGUGCGAGGAGUCCUCAAAGCCAUAAAGCCUGGCACGAAGGAGAACCUCAGUGUUGCAAAGAUCCUUUCAGGCAUGUGGACGAAGGUUAGGGCGCAUACAGAUGAAAAUGCAAAAUUUCUGCUACGGGAUAUAAUUGACCACCACCACUCUAAAGGGAACGAGAUGCUCUAUCCGUGUCAGGGGGAUGAAUGGACGAAACUCUCCUACGCUGAUUAUUCUGUGUCUGUUCAAGACACGAGCAACUCCUGGAUCCUGGUUUUCAGAGAGGUUUUCCUAAUUCCUAAGAAGAUGCUGCUGGUAACGAAGAUUUACUCCCCGAUCCCUAAUUGUCUGCUGCACGUCAUAGAUAAUGACACAGGAGAGGAGCUGGACAACAAACUAGCAACUCGUGUCUAUCAACCCAACAAGCUUGGCUACACCUUUGUAGCAGAGGCUGUCAUACCUGAAUUGCCCCCUGCUGGUGUCAAUUGGAAGUUGCGCCUGAUUAGCUCAAGGGAACCUCUCCCAAAACUGGCCCGGGAGGCUCCACUCAACAAUUUCUCAGUGAAGGAAAUCCGGGAUUAUUACAUUCCCAAUGAUGAAAACAACAUAUGUCGUUACCUUGUUCAGGUGAAAGAAGACGUCCAGGGAACAGUUCAGAUCCAGACAUCCUCGCCAGACGUAUUUAUACAUCUGGCGAUUCUGUACAAGGAGAAGGAGGUGGCCAGCAAAACAGGGAAAGGCCACGUGGUCCUCCCUGUCGUCUGGUUCCUGGUCGACAAAGAUGAGAUGGAGCAGGAGCAGAUGAGAAGCCCCGCCCAGGAGGAGGGAGUCAAAGAGGUAGACGCUCCCCCACAAAAAGCUGAGAAACAGGACUCAUUGUCUCACCAGCCUCACACAGAGACUAUGGAUCAGACGUAUGUGGUGCAGGCAGAGGUACUUCAUAAGAGCUGGGAUUUGGAUGAAGCUCAGUUGGAUUUUGUCAAUCACCUCAGCGAAUUGCAUAAGAUUGAGAUGAGAGCUAACAAGAACUACGUGAAGCGUGGGCCCAGCACGCCCAGCACGCCCAAAGGCCACCGCAAAGCCGAAGUGGAAAAGGACAAGGGGAAGCCGUGUGCCGCGUCCAAAGCUUGCCCCAAGCAGGAAACGAGCGUUGACCUGACUAAGCCGCACUGGACGCUGCGUGUGGUCAGCGACGAGAGUCAAGCGGAGAGCGUGGAGGUGAAGAAGGACACAGCGAGAGUGGACCAGAUUCAAUUCAUUAAAAGAGCCUGGGAGAUCACGGAGCCCGGCCGCUCUGCCAAGGCUCACCAGUCUCGUCUCGACUUUCUAAAAGAAGAACAACUUCAACAAGAACAACUUCAAAAAGAAGAAGCAGAAGCCGAAGAGCUCGCUUCUCCCACAUCUGGUUCUCCCACCUCUCCAGCCAAACAGAAGCAGGCUACCCCCUUCACCUUUACCCAAAUGGACUACACGCCCUUUAUCAGAUGCCACAAAGAGUUUCCCGUGCUGAUGGACAAAAAGAUUGAGAAGAGGGAGGAGAAGUUGCGCCUAGAAAAGAUCCAGAGCUACCGCUUGGUUCGAGAAAACAUUCGGGCACAACGAGAGCAGCAGGAGUUCGACAGGAAGGAGCUCAUGACAAGCCAGCUGGAGACAUAUGACAACAUGCAGGCGCUCUUGUGGCAGCGGCGUAAGAAAUUUCUCAACGCUUGCAAGGCCUUCAGCAGCCGUCUGAUGGCGGCCGUGAAAAAGGAACGAGAGGAGAAACAAGCGCUGGAGGAGGCCCAGCACGCCGUCCAGGAAAAAACAAACCCCGCCUCCGCUUCCUCCAAGAAUUCGAACAAAAGUACCAAGAAAUCUGGCAAGAAGAAAUGA